AUGCGCCUGGCGGAGGGGCGACUAAUCACGAUCGCCCGUCCCAACGGAACGUUCAUGCACGUCGUCUAUGGCGAGACAAAGCGCGCGGCCAAUGCGAACACGGGCGCGGAACCUAUGGCGGCGCACGACAGCCAAGGACCUUUCUAUACGCCCUUCGCACAGCGCCGGCUCGACAUUCUCUGGUAUCCGCAGUUCCCGAAUGUUGAAGUCCUGACGUUCGUGCACUGGGAUCUGGGCGAGGAGUGGGUGGACCAUCAUAUCUUCUUCAUGCAAUGGGCGCCGCCAGAGGUGGAGGAGACGUACAUCCACCGCAGCUCUACGAGGUCCCGGACUUUGGGACGCAAUUGA